GUGUCCUCUUCCAAGACUCAUCAGAUCAACGUGUCGAUGACAACACAGACACGCCAAUCUCCACCUCUUGCUUCGUCUUCACCUGAUACCCACUACCCACUCUGGAGAGUUACUCGACUGGUAACAGAAAUUGAAGACUAAAGUGAACACACAGACUUCUAUUGCAAUGGCAGAGUACAAUGAUGUAGAGUACGUGAAUAUUGGUCAGGGAUCUGAUCCCAAUUUGGAUAACUUGAAGAAGGUUUCAGUUUUACCUCUUGUGUUUCUCAUCUUUUAUGAGGUAUCAGGAGGCCCGUUUGGUGUUGAGGACAGUGUUCAUGCGGCUGGUCCCCUUCUAGCCCUGAUUGGGUUUCUGAUUUUUCCAUUUAUUUGGAGUAUUCCUGAGGCUCUAAUCACUGCAGAGAUGGGCACCAUGUUUCCAGAGAAUGGAGGUUUUGUAGUUUGGGUUUCAGCAGCAUUGGGGCCCUUCUGGGGUUUCCAGCAAGGUUGGAUAAAAUGGCUGAGUGAGGUAAUUGACAAUGCUCUGUACCCAGUUCUGUUCAUAGACUAUCUUGAAUCAGCUCUUCCGGUUUUAUCUGGGGGUUGGCCUAGGAUUCUAGCAGUGUUGUUCUUGAAUUUGAUUCUCACAUACAUGAACUACAGGGGUCUAACAAUAUUAGGCUGGAUGGCCAUCUUUUUGGGGAUUUUCUCUCUUCUCCCUUUUCUGGUUAUGGGAUUCAUUGCCAUCCCAAAGCUGAAGCCCUCAAGAUGGCUAGUGGUAGACUUGCACAAUGUGGAUUGGCAUCUCUACUUGAAUACUCUGUUUUGGAAUAUGAACUAUUGGGAUUCAAUUAGUACUCUCACAGGAGAAGUUGACAACCCAAGUAGAGCUCUGCCCAAGGCUCUCUUUUAUGCUCUUAUCUUGGUUGUGUUUGGCUACUUCUUCCCUCUUCUAAUUGGCACCGGAGCUAUUCCACUCUGUCGUGAUUCCUGGACUGAUGGCUAUUUCUCAGACAUUGCCAAAAGGGUAGGUGGGAUCUGGUUGAGAUUGUGGGUCCAAUGUGCUACUGCACUUUCCAGUAUGGGAAUGUAUGUGGCCGUUAUGAGCAGUAGUUAUUUCCAGCUUCUAGGGAUGGCAGAGCGUGGGAUGCUUCCUGAGUUAUUCGGCAGAAGGUCUCGUUCUGGAACCUCUUUACUUGGUACCUUGUUGUCUGCCUCUGGUGCGAUUCUACUCUCAUGGUUGAGCUUUGAAGAGAUCAUAAUUACAGAGAAUUAUCUAUAUUGUUUUGGGAUGAUUUUGGAGUUCAUAGCAUUUGUGAAGUUAAGGAUAAAACACCCAGCAGCCUCACGGCCAUUUAAGGCACCAUUAGGUACUGCAGGAGCCGUAAUGUUGUGUACUCCUCCAACUAUAUUAAUCUGUUUGGGUUUAGCUCUUGCCUCUCUUAGGACCAUGGCUAUAUGCCUGAUUGCUUUUCUGGUUGGAUGUGCCAUGCAGCCUGGUCUCAAGUAUAUUGAGAAGAAGGGAUGGGUCAAGUUCACCGUCUGUUCUGAACAUCAGUAUCUCGAAACAUUAAAUGAGUGGGUCGAAUGA